AUGAAAGCUACCGACGUCAAUGACAACACCACAAAAGAGGGCCGUGAUUUGAGCACCGUCGAAUCGCAAGCGAACGGGCAGCUCUUUGAAGACGUCUUCAGCAACGAAAAUGGCGAGGUUGACUUUCGAGGUGUAUCAUGGCAGGCUGCGGCUGUUCUUGUCGCGAAAUUUCAGAUCGGCCUCGGAGCUCUCAGCCUCCCACAGACCUUCCACGUUCUCGGAUUCUUUCCCGGCAUUCUUUGUUUCGUUCUCUUAUCCAUAAUUUCAACCAUCGCCGGCUACCUGUGCGGCAAUGCAAGGCAGUACUACCCACACAUGCACAGCAUAGCGGAUGCCAGCGAUCUCCUCUUCGGAACAUGGGCUCGAGAAGCAGUAGGACUCAUCUACUACCUCUACCUCGCCAUGACUGCUGGAGCAGGUUUGCUCACUACGUCGGUGGCUUUCAACGCCCUCUCCGACCAUGGAGCCUGUACGACUGUCUUUGUUGGUGUUACCUCCGUCGCCGGCUUUCUGAUCGGCACUGGAUUCCGAGGUCUUCAGAAAGUCGCCUGGAUCAGCUGGGUGGGAGUUGCAGUCAUCUUCAUCGCCAUCUGGACAACGGCCAUAGCCUGUCUUACUCAGAGUCGUCCAGCUGCCGGCCCAGCAAGCGGCCCCAUUGAUCUUGACGUCCGCGCGUUUCCGAAGACCACCUUUCCUGAAGCGAUGAUGGCAAUCUCCAACCAGCUGUUUGCGGUGGGCGCCUCAGCAACGUUCUUCUCCAUUUCGGCCGAGAUGAAGCAUCCAGAGCAGUUCACGCGAGCACUCAUCUGCGGCCAAGCCUUCAUCGUGGCGACAUGCAUUGCAAUCGCAACCAUUGUCUAUGCCAAGGUUGGACAGUAUCUCGCGAGCCCGGCGUUGGGAUCAGCUGGUCCCCUCAUCAAAAAGGUGUCCUACGGCAUCGCGCUUCCGGGUUUGCUUGUGACUGCGGUUUUAUACAGUCAUAUUGCGGCCAAGUAUUGCUUCGUCAGGUGCUUGCGUGGUACAAGACACCUGCAGGCCAACACUAUCACGCACUGGGCUGUAUGGGUAGGAUCAAUGGUGGUGACCGUGAUAUUUGGGUUUGUCAUUGUCGGGGUAGUCCCUUUCUUCAGCGAUUUCUUGAGUCUGGUGGGGGCGCUGUUCAACCCGAUCUUUACAAAUGUUGUUCCCGGUUUCAUGCUAUUAUUCUACGUCGCACGAAAGCUGGUCAAGGUGACAGAAAACAUAACUAUAUUGAGACGCGAGCAAAUUGCAGCGUCUCAGAAGCAGCACUGGAUUUUGGAGGCCAUGGCUGCAUGCAAAAAGAGGCAAUGGAAAGAUACUGUGAUGGUAGUUGUGGGAAUUUUCAUGAUUCUCUCCGGGGCUUUCAUCAUUGUUGCAGGUACUUACUCGACAAUCCUUAGCAUCAAGAAGUCAUACGACGACGGUCUUAUCGGAGGUGUUUUCUCCUGCGGAGAUAACUCGAUCUGA